AUGUCUGCCCAGACCUGCCAGCUCGAGACCCCCGAGCCGUCUCCAAGCGGCUCGCCCAGAUCCUCCCCUCUCCACUCCACAGAAGACAAAACCAGACACUGGGAAUACCCUGCCAAUGGGUUUUACCCCAUCACUCCGCCGACAGAGGCGUGCGAGUCGGACGAGGAACUCUGCGGCACAGUUGCUAGCUCCAUCCACCUCGAGGCCGAUGCCGAUGCCGAGGUAGAGUCAGAGGCCGACGCCGACGCCGACGUCGACGCCCACACGCUCGUCGCCGUCCUCGGUGUAGGUUACGUCGGAGAGCAUCUCGUCAGCAACUUCGCCAGGAAAUACGGCGUCCUGGGCUUCGACGUCUCCGAAACCCGCGUCCAGCACCUUCGCGAGGCGUUCGGCCCGGACACCAAGGCCAAGUUCACCUGCAACCCGCGGGAUCUCGCAGAGGCGACGCACUUCCUCGUCUCCGUGCCCACCCUGCUCCGCCCGGACCAGAGCAUCGACUCCUCCUUCCUCCAAUCCGCCAUCCAGAACAUCGCCACGCACGCCCGCCCGGGCGCCGUCAUCGUCAUCGAGUCCUCCGUCGCCGUGGGCAUGACGCGGGCGCUCCUCGGGCCCCUCGCCCAAGAGCGGGGCUUCUUCGCCGGCAUGUCCCCCGAGCGCGUCGACCCGGGCCGCGCCGAACCCCCCGCGAACGCCAUCCCCAAGAUCGUGUCCGGGCUGGACGACGUCGCGCCGGGGUCCCUGGACGCCAUCACCCGCCUGUACGAGCAGGUGUUCGACCGCGUCGUCCCCGUGUCGCGGCCCGAGGUGGCCGAGAUGACCAAGCUGUACGAGAACUGCCAGCGCAUGAUGUGCGUCGCCUUCGCCAACGAGAUGGCCGACGCCUGCGUCCCCCACGGCGUCGACCCGUACGAGGUCUGCCGCGCCGCGUCCACCAAACCUUUCGGCUACAUGCCCUUCACGCCCUCCCUCGGCGUCGGCGGCCACUGCAUCCCCGUGAACCCGUACUACCUGCUCUCCAACUCGCACUUCCCCCUCCUGCAGGCCGCGACCGAGAGGAUGCGCGCACGGCCUGCCGCCAUCGCCCAACGCGCCAUCCUAUGCGUCUCCCCCCCCCUCCCCCUCUCCCACCAACCACCACCCAAACCCCGGAUCCUCGUCGUCGGCAUGGGCUUCAAGCGCGGCCAAUCCCACCUCGCCAACUCGCCAGGCCUCGAACUAGCCAAGACCCUCCUGGCGUCCCGCAAGGUCGGGGUAGCCUGGGCCGACCCCCUCGUAAAACAAGAGGCCAUCCCGCAGAUCGAAAAGCUCGACGACCGGCGGCAUUGGACGGCCGAAGCACUCCGCCAGCGCUUCCACAGGGUCAUCGUCGCGUUCCGCCAGGAAGGGCUAGACUUUAGCGUCCUGGAAGAGCUGGCUUCCGAAGGAGGGGAAGUGCAGGUUGAGAUGUGGUGCCCAUGA